AUGCCGCAUCAAAACGGCAGCGUCGGAUGGUGAAGCUGCGUAGCUUCGUGCUUUCGUCCUGCUUGCUGUCUGCUCACACACAGGCACAAGAAGAAAGAAAGAAAAACAAGAACGCAGGCAAAUGCGCUCCGUUUCUUCCUCGGCUCGUAGUCGUUUUCUGUGGCCCGAAUCGUGCGAAUGUCCUGUGGCCAACUCCCGUAGUGUCCAGCCGAGAGCGCAUACCACUACCGUGUACACCGUGGCUCCGUUGCUCCGAAGGAAUGUGGAAAAGUGUAAAUUAAUCGUGCCCAAGCUGUUCUAGCCUGUUUGUGAGAAGAGUCGGUCGUGUUCCGGUGGAGGUGUGGUGGUGGUGCGGUUUUUGCUACGACAGGAAGCAGCGGCAGUCGUGUGCAGUGCGUGUGUGUGAGUAAUUGUUUUGUUCGAUCAGUGUGGGAACGUUUUGUGAGUACUGUUGCGGUGCGUGUGUAAUACGUGCGUUUGUAAGCUGUGUAAGCAAGAGUGUGUUGUGUAUGUGCAUAUUGUUAAAGUGCGAACCCGUCGGCGAAACGACGCGAGUAAAACCCGGUUUGCCCCUGGUGUGCGAGAAGCAGCCCUUACGGUCUCUAGUAGGGAUCUCUGUGUCUUGUUCGUUGUCUUGUUGUGUGCGCCCAUUGACUGGCUCUUCCGCCCGGUCCAACUAACGCUCUACAUCCGCACGUGUGUGGCUGGGUGCGUCAAAGCAACCCAGUGGUCAAAGCAAGCGGUGCCGCCACUCUCGCCUACCGAUAAGCAGAAGCAUUGCACGUCGAUUAUACUUGGUUCAUACUACCCUUCGAAGCGAAGUAACCAACAGGCGGGUAGGGAGUAAAGAGAGCAGCGCUAACACAAACCGGAAGAUACGCACAAACCACGCUGCCCUCUUGUACGUACAAACGCAAAUCCUUUUGCAAAUUGUGUGUGUGUGUGUGUGUCUGUGGUGAAGACAAGUGAUUUCGUUCGUUCGAUCGGGUGGAGAUUCCCGUGCGAAAGCCCAUAGAGAAAGAAGACACACACGCACACAUAUACACACAGCGUAGUAAUGGCUGAGGCAGCAAACAACGGUGCUGGAGCGUCGGGAUCGGGCGCCAACAACAACCCGAACGCCGAAGUCGUCAUCCGUGGACAGGUGUUCGAGGUUGGCCCCCGGUACACAAAUCUGGCCUACAUCGGCGAGGGAGCCUACGGAAUGGUGGUCUCUGCAGUGGACACCGUCACCAAGACCAAAGUUGCCAUCAAGAAAAUAUCUCCCUUCGAGCAUCAGACCUACUGUCAGCGAACAUUGCGGGAAAUCAAAAUUCUUACCAGAUUCAAACACGAAAACAUCAUAGACAUAAGAGAUAUCCUCCGGGUGCCUAGUAUAGAGCAGAUGAAAGAUGUAUAUAUUGUUCAGUGCUUAAUGGAGACUGAUCUAUACAAACUACUAAAAACACAGCGACUAAGCAAUGAUCAUAUCUGCUAUUUCCUGUAUCAAAUACUUCGUGGCCUGAAGUACAUCCACUCGGCAAACGUGCUGCACAGGGAUCUGAAGCCCAGCAAUCUGCUGCUGAAUACGACUUGUGAUUUAAAGAUUUGUGAUUUCGGUCUUGCACGCGUAGCCGAUCCCGAGCACGAUCACACCGGCUUCCUGACGGAGUACGUGGCCACCAGAUGGUACCGGGCGCCAGAAAUCAUGCUCAAUUCCAAGGGCUACACAAAAUCGAUCGACAUCUGGUCGGUCGGCUGCAUACUGGCGGAGAUGCUGAGCAACCGGCCCAUCUUCCCCGGCAAACACUAUCUCGAUCAGCUGAACCACAUCCUGGGCGUGCUGGGCUCCCCGUCCCAGGAGGAUCUGGAGUGCAUCAUCAACGAGAAGGCGCGCAGCUACCUGCAGUCGCUGCCGUACAAGCCGAAGGUCCCGUGGUCGCGCCUCUUCCCCAACGCCGACCAGAAUGCGCUCGAUCUGCUCGGCAAGAUGCUCACGUUCAAUCCGCACAAUCGCAUCUCGGUCGAGGACGCGCUGGCCCAUCCCUACCUGGAGCAGUACUACGAUCCGGCGGACGAGCCCGUGGCCGAGGAACCGUUCCGUAUCGCGAUGGAGCUGGACGAUCUGCCGAAGGAAACGCUGAAACAAUUAAUCUUCGAGGAAACGCUGCGCUUCAACCACAACGAUCCGCCAGUAUAAGCAGCCUACAGUAGCCCACUCGCCACCUCCCCUCGACAGCUAAUGCAGACGGAACACACCAGAGGAACCACACAAUUCCAGAGCCCAUCGUUGACCAGCAGCAGCAACAGCAACAGCAGUGUGUUGGAGUCUAUGGAUCCGCGACCCAUCGUAGCGCCAUCGCAGUCUCUCGGAUCGCCUGUAUGAGAGUGUGUGUGUGAGUGUGUGUUUACAUGUUAGUAUCUUGUGGGGCGGGGGGGGGGGAGCUGAAAGGAUAUAUGGCAGUUAAUGUCAAACCUUUAAAACACAGGAGUUUCAACAGCAGCAGAGCUUUCGACAAGAUAUCCUGCUCCUAUGUGCAGCGCGCGGUAUAACAGAGCGAGUGCGCUCACAGUCACCCGUUUAGAGAUCCGUUCUGUUUGAUAAUUCCCGAUCAUCCCGAUCCCCCUGAUGCGUGGGGAGUGGGAAAUUUAUUUUACUUCUUUUUCGGUUUGCACUCAUUUUAUCCCUCACAAUCAAACGGAAAGAAAUUCGAAGCCCCUUCCCCAUCACAUUAUUGUACACACAAAAAGAAAGAGAAAGAGAGGAAGAUAAUGUGUGUGUGUGUGUGUGUGGUUGUGUUUGUUGCACUGUUUGUAAAUGCUUGUGAUAAGGAGGAGUUAAGGGAAGGAUGCUGUUGUGAGGUUGAUGAUUGCUCCAUCUAUUGGGGAAAAAAACGCAAACACACACACCUACUGGCUGCAUCCUGGGAGCCAUUAUGCCCGCACGACGUGUGGGCCCUCUGUGGUGUGCUGGAUGAUUGUGAUAGAAGUGAAGGAAAAGCUCUUUACUGCCCGAUUUCCCCCCAAAAGCAAACAAAUCGAAGCGGUAUGUUAUACCCGGCAUAUGUUCACACGUUACAAACAGCAGCAAAUUAGUAGCAGUAGUAUUCCAUUCUUUAUUUCAUCUGGCGUUCAACCAAAGAACAGGAUGAAAACAACAUAAACUUUGCAAUCGUUGUGUUGGUUCGUUUGUGUGCUAUGCUGUGCCGGGCGUGAUAAACCUAUCACGCUUUUUUCGUUUUGCUUCUUAAAUCCCGCUUAGCAAAAAUAUACUGGCCUGCCGUGUUUGGAGCGUUUUACUUUUAAUUAUUUUUUUGUUUUUAAAAACAAUAUUUUUCCCUUUUUUCCCAUUUACCUAGCUAGUAAGUAGAGAAUCGUUUUUACUCCCCGUGGCAGUUUAUAGUGGUGCAGUAUAGCAGCAGAUACAGCAGUAGAGCGCAUAUCAUUUUACGAACAGUAAACACACUGCUGGUUGCAAAUCGACAAACAAGCCUCUCUUUCUAUUGAAAAGAGACACAAUAGAUCGCUCAGUUACGUUUACGCGUACGCGUUAAGUUUGCAACAACACCGUACCGAACCGCACCCGGGCGCGAAUGAUGGCUAGUGUGCAAUGUUUCUCUGUAAUGUAACGAGGGGAAAAAAGGGCCAUUGCUUUAAAACUGGCCAGCAGGGAAUUCGGAAAGGAAAAGUAAACCUGAAGUGUGAGAUUGAAUCAGAGUUUAACCAGAUGGGUGUUUAAGUAAUAAGUGUCUUGUCUUUGCUCUGUUUUACGCAACAACCGAAACAACAGGUGAAAUUGCUCCCGCACUGCAACGUAGGUUCUACUAAAUGCCAUAGAAGAAGUAGAAGAAGAAGAAGAAAAAAACAGUAUGCUAGAGAGAAGAUCAAUCGGAUCUCUAUUAGAUCGCCUAAUGAAUAUAAGAAAUUUGUCUUUAAAAAAAAACAAUCCUCCAUAACCAACAUAAAACAACACACGCAUAAGUACAGUGAUCUCUAACGGCGAAGCGUGGCUCUCUUUUAUAACUGUUCCCCUAAUUGAAAUAGGCCUUAAAUGCUGUCCUGUUGUGCAAAUUUGUCGAAUUUCUUAUUUGACUUAAUUAUGAAAUACAAUUGGCAUUAUUUCCAUUCUUUGGAAAAAGGAACAUUCAACACCAACCCCCCCACGCUGUUCGGUGUUUGGUGUUGAAACGUUAAUAAUUUGCUCAACAUUCCUUCCUUCUUUCCCAUCGUUUGCGUCUCUCCUCUUUGCAACACACACGCACGCACGCAUGUUUCAAUUUGCAUUGUGCAUUUAUUGAUGAAUGCAUUGCUGUGCAAGCUCACUCGAUGCGGUUCGCUGCUCAAUUAUGGUAGAGUUUUUUUAUAACCGUGUGCAACCAUUUGCAUCCACACACCAUUGUGCUGUGCUGCGUUCGUUUCGAUGCAUGGGAAUUACGAAUGAAGCUUUUUUUUUAUUUCUUCUGUGAAAUAGUUUGCAACCAAAUGCAAAUUAACCUUUGUGUCACCCGGAGUGUGCUAUUCGAGUGAAGGAUAAUUAAUUUACACCGAAUAAAUUUGCACAAAUAAAACAAACAUCAAUAAUCAAUGAGGGGGGGGGGGGAGAGCAAAAACGGAAGAAAUUCUGAAACAAAACCACACACACAAACACAAAACGAAAUAGCACAGUAUAACAUGUAAAUAUGCAAUUUUUUCAUUACGAUAACCACGCUUCGAUGGAAGAACGAUCGCUUUACCAAAGCUAGCAGCAGUAGCAGCAGCAUUCAUUCUUAAGCCACUUCUAUUCCCUCCACUACUUGCAUUCUCUUGACUCUAGCAAACCUCAGAUGUAAUCCACAAAAGCAGAAUUUUAUAGAUAAUCCACCCUCUGUCCAGUAAAUAAGCAAAUUUUCUACCGUGUCUGUCUCCAUUUUAGGAUUUGCUCCACAUAAAUUCGUUUGUCUUUCUAACCGGCGUUUGUAACAGAAAAGAGAGGGAGAAAUACCAGAGGGCCUGCUAUAGGACUCCAGCACCAGCAAAAACAAAAACGCCCUUUGCUGCUAUUGAGCCGAACAAACAGAGAACACAAAGAAGACUUUUUAGAUAGGAUGAACAAAAAACCAACAAACAAACAAUGUAGCCGCUUCCGCAUAUACGUAGGGCAAAGGCAGGGGACACACUGUUGGUGCUGGAGCUGUAUAUAGCAGAGGGACAGGAAAUUGGAUAAAAAAAGACGAUUUGUUGCAGUGUGGUGAUCCAGACCAAUUGUACUUAAUUUUUGUUCGUGUGUUAGUCAAAAAGAGCACCCCCACACACACACACUGGAACAAUAGGAAAAAGGCGAACAGAGCAAAGGGAUGAUUUUCCCUUUGCUUUAUACGAUGCGAGUUUAUUUAUCACACAUAUAUGGUGCAAUAGAACAUAAUGCUGAUGGGGAAGAGGUGUGUUUGUCGCGAUCGUGUACCAACAUAACGAUCGUGCUGAUUGUUGAUUGUGCUCAGCCGGUGUGUGAGUGUGUGUGUGAACGUAUAGUGAACGUUUGUUGGGCUACUAUUUCCAGUACAAAACUCACCGUUCUAAGCUCUGGUUGCACUUCUCGUACAAGAGAUUCCAACUUUUGUAAAGCACCACAACCACACGCACACACAAACGUACAGCAGUAGCGCCAGAAGAUCAUCACACACAGUGUUAGGAAGAAGGGAAAGGGGGAAGAGGGAAGAAAAUAUAGGAGUCGUUGUUUGCCAUGCGUUCGUUUUCCACUCUUGAAUCACAUUCUCUCUUGAGCACAUCGCGAGUUUAUGCGCGAGAUAUAAAGUGUUUGUAAUUUUCAAGUGCUCGAUGCAACAUCUAAUUGUUACAAUAUUAUAUCAAUGUUCUUCCGUAUGUGUGUGAGUGUUUUUUGUUGUUUUUUUUUACGCAUUACAGCAAGGGAAAGAAGAUAUUCGAAAUUUCAUUCAACUCCACCGACCCCCCCCCCUUGUACGUGUAAAAUGUGCGUUUAUGGCGUGUAAAAGAGAGGGAUGAAACGCAGACGCCCCCCCGUCCCCUCAUGAUGGGCCUGUAUGGCUAGUAGUAAUAUCUGUAUAUGUUUCUAUGUUUACACGUUCAAAGAACACCGUGCAGGAGACUGAGACACCGAGAAGCGGAUGGGGAGGGGUAAAAGUGUGUAAAAAAAACAAAACCAGCUAGCUCUUGGUAUUAUCAUCCCUUCUCUCGAUCGCGAUCGAACUGAAUGGUGGUCGAAGAAGUAAAAAAGAAAAAAAAAACAAACGAAAUGAAAAGAGAGCGUGCGAGCGAGUGAGAGAAGGAAAUUACAAUUUAACUAAUAUUUGCAUAGUGAGAUAAAUAUAUAUUAAACAAAUAGUAUAGAACAGCAGAUUGAAAGAGCAUUAAACCGAAACCACUAUUAUGUGUACCAUACGCACACACACACACACCCAUAUAAUUUGCAGUAAAAUGCAAAACAAUCAGAAAAUACAAAGCGUUUAAAGCAUUUGCAAAACAUAAAAACCGUUGGCAGAAGAAAAAGAAAACAGAACAAUGUGAUUCAAGCUCGAGUAGAGAAGAAGUAAGCUAAUAUGAAUGUAUUAAAACAUAACAAAGUAAAACGAAACAAGAAUAGAAGAAAACUACACGAUCAAAGUGUUGAUUGAUGCAAAUCAAUCGAACGAAGCAGAGAACAAUGCAGAGCGAGAAUAAGGAAAACCCCCGUUAAAGUCCGUUAAAAUGUGUCUGAGUGUGUGUGUGAGUACAUUUUAGUGAGAAAACUACUUCUUGUGUCAAGUUGUGAAUGUGUGAAAGUAUUUUCUUCUGUGUGUAAUUUAAAGAAACCGUUUAAUCAAAAGCAGCAAAAAAAAGCAGCGCAAUACAAACCCUCCUCCCAGCAACACACAACAAGCUCUCCCAGAUUUAAAGUCAAACACUAAAAUCUACUGUCAUAUACUAUAAAGUUACGAGAAAAAAAAAACACACACACACACACUUACCUACGCGUAUAUGAAUAUUCUUAAACGUUUUACUCUCUUUGCGCGAAAAGGAAGAGGUUGGUGCGGGAAAUUAUAAAGAAACAAGAGAAACGAAUGUGUGUAGUGUGCUCGAUGUUUGUCGAAUUGCAAAAGUCGAAGGAAAGGAAGAAAAGUGAUG